CUGUGGGGACAAUGAGGGGACCCAGACCAGUCUAAGCUGUGGUGGACCAACCAGAGGCUUCAGGAGAGGAAGGCUUUAACGCCAUUGGCGCCAUGAACAUACACUGCUGUCCACGUGACACCAGACUGCUCUGACACACUCCUCCUCAGCGCUCUCMCUUCCUCCCCUUCUCCCCCCCCUCCUUUCCCAAAAACGACAUCUAUAAAACACGCCCACAGAGACUGACUUACGUUUCCUAAAAAGCUAUAUCUGGAUUCCAGGGGCUGGGAUUUCUGUUUGGAAUUAGGAGUUGAGUUGGGGAACGGAACGCUGUGAUACAAUUAUCGUAAUUCCCCCUACCCGUCCGCUGGCCUCGUUUUUCCCAGUGAGUCCCAGAGGUACCAACCAAUGGAGAGACGGAGACGAGAGUCAGGAUAAAGCAGCCGAGAAGUAAAGCAACAAAAAAAACUGCUGAGUCGGGCAGGGUUGGAAUCUGGAAUUGGGUCCUGUGAAGGUUUUGCUUCUCUGACGUAUCCCCCAGCCUAGAGGAGGAGUCUGCCUAYCAAGAAUCAGACAUAAUAUCUAUUGUUUACACUUAACAAACAAAAAAAACUAAACUACAGCAACUGCAGCUAGUCUAGGCCGAGCUACGUCACUGUGUGGAGAAUUUGAACCAAUAGCAGGGUUAUUAGGAUUGGGAUUGUAACCAUGACGAGCGGAUUGAGGUUUUCCGCUUUGCCCAUGGGGCCCUUGGUGUUCCUCAGUCUGCUGGUGACGGCCCGGGCGCUGGAGUUCGGCGGGGCACCCGGCCAGUGGGCCCGCUACGGGCGCUGGGAGGCGGGCUCGGUGGGCGAGCUGAGCUUCAGCCUCAAGACCAACAUCAGCAAGGCUCUGGUGCUCUAUCUAGAUGACGGCGGCAACUGUGACUUCAUGGAGCUCCUGAUCGCCGGAGGGCGCCUCCAGCUGCGCUUUGCCAUCCACUGUGCCGAGCCCGCCACAUUACACAUGGAAACCCAGGUCAACGACGACCGCUGGCACAUGGUGCUCCUCACCCGCAACUUCCGCGAGACUCUGCUGAUGGUGGACGGCGAGACCAAGAUGGCGGAGGUCAAGUCCAAGCGGAAGGAGAUGGCGGUGGUCAGCGACCUMUUCGUGGGCGGCAUCCCGCCCGACGUGCGCCUCUCAGCCCUCACCUCCAGCACGGUGAAGUACGAGCCCCCGUUCCUGGGCCUGAUCUCCAACCUGAAGGUGGGAGAGACGCCCCCCACCCUGCUCAACAGCCAGGGCAUCCAGAGUGACAUGGAGUACCUGUGCACCAAGCAGAACCCCUGCCUCAACGGAGGUUUCUGCUCCAUCCAGUAUGCCGAGGUGCACUGUGACUGCACGCACACUCGCUACAAGGGGAAGUACUGCAAGGAAGCGCGGCCCCUCCAUGCCUGUCCCCAGAGGGACUACCACAGCCGAGGGCCCACAGGAGUGGACGGCAGACCUCUACCCGCCACGACUGCCUCCCAGAAUGGGAACAAGAGAGCAGCGGCCCAGCCGACCAACAAGAGAGCCAUGGGGGUCCUGG